AUGCCCAUCUGCACUCCUCCGCAUGCUCAGGACACCACCACCACGCACCCAGCGGAGCAGGGAAGCCAGCUCCACCUGCAGGGAAGCCAGCACCGACCGCCGACGCCCGGAGCCGCCUGCGAGAACCUACAGCCGGCCGCCGCCCCUGGAAGCCAGAUCCAGAUGCGACACAGCCGACCGAGGCCAACUGAGCGCCCGGGAGCAGCACCAGCACGCGAAGCCCGACGCCGCCGAGCCACCACCACAGCGUCGAAGAGGCAGCCGCCGUCGCACGCCCCCGAGGACGGACCCCCAGAUCCAACACGACGGCUCCGCCCCUCCUCUGGCGAAGCGGCCGCGAGAUGCAGCAGAAGCGUCCCGCCGCCACCUUCCUCGGAGCGCGCGCGGCGUUCGCCGGCGGCCUCCUCGGGUGGCGGCAAGAGUGGGAAGACGAGGGAGUGGAACGCGGUGGCGCUAGAGGGGUUCCCCCGUGUCGCCAGAGGAGGAGCGACGGGCAAAUUUGACAAAUUUGACCUAUAG